AGUAGGAAACACUAUUGUUUACCUGGUGCUCCAUAGUUUGUUUGUUUUUAAUUGAUUAUCUCCCUUUAACGUAUACAUUUUGUUAACAUUGUUUACAAAAGAAACACAUGACAUGAAGCCUACAAGAACACCAGUGUUCAUAGGUAUUUCCAUGAUCGUCUCCUCUUUUCUGACUAAAUACAAUUAAAGUAAAUCAUUUCUAAGAUGAACUACGUACAAAAUAAAGAUAUCCAUUAUUAAACAGACAAACAGACAGCCAGAGAACUACAUUAGAGACUAUGUCUAAUAAUGAAGUUAAAACUUCCUUUACGAUUAUCUCCCUUGACCAGACUAAUAGCCAUGCACCACAGGACCAAACAAGAUGUCAAAUGGAGGAACAACAUGUGUAUGAUGAAGAUUGGAGUUGUAAUUCAGAUCUUGAGACACAAAUGAGAAUACAUACAGGAAUCAAAUCUUAUAAUUUUGAUGAAGAUAUUAGAGCAGAUAGCGAUUCAAUAAAUGCCCAAUUGCAAGGACAUGUGAGAUCACCAACAUUGGGUAGACCGUUUGUAUGUGGUGUUUGUGAUAAAACCUUUUGUCGAGAACCUUAUUUACUAGUACACAUGAGAGUACACACUGGGGAUACACCUUAUAAAUGUGAUAUGUGUGGUAAAGAGUUCAAUUCAAAAGGCAUCUUAAAAUCCCACAUGAGAACACAUACCCUGGAUAAACGUUAUAAAUGUGAUUUAUGUGGUAAAGGCGUUAGUGGUAGUUUACAGGCCCACAUGAGAACACAUACUGGUGAUAAACCUUAUAAAUGUGAUGUAUGUUGCAAAGGGUUUAAUACUAGUAGCAACUUAACUAUACACGUGAGAACACACACUGGUGAUAAACCUUACAAAUGUGAUGUAUGUUGUAGAGGAUUUAAUCAUAAAGGGAACUUAACUAAACACAUGGGAACACAUAAUGAAAAUAAACAAUUUAAAUGUGAUGUAUGUGGUAAAGGAUAUAGUUUGAUUGGUGGUUUAAAAUUACACAUCAAGAGAACCCACACUAGAAAGAAACCUUAUGAAUGUGAUGUAUGUGGUAAAGAGUUUAAUGGUAGAGACAACUUAACUACACACAUAAGAAUACACACUGGUGAUAAACCUUAUGAAUGUGAUGUAUGUUGUAAAGUGUUUAAUCACAGAGGAAACUUUAAUAAACACGUAAAAUUACAUACUGGUGAUAAACCUUUUGAAUGUGGUGUAUGUUUUAAAGGGUUUAAUCACAGAGGAAACUUAAAAAACCACAUGGGAAGCACACAUACUGGAAACAAACUUUAUAAAUGUGAUGUGUGUGGUAAGGAAUUUAGUCUAAAUGGUGGGUUACAGGCACAUAUGAGAACGCAUACUGGUGACAAACCUUAUAAAUGUAAUGUUUGCUGUAAAGGUUUCAGUCAAAGAGGCAACUUAAUGGCACACAUGAGAACACAUACUGAUGAUAAACCUUUUAAAUGUGAUGUUUGUGGUAGAGGGUUUAAUCAAAGAGUCAACUUAACUACUCACAUGAGGAAACAUACUGUUGAUAAACCUAUUGAAUGUGAAGUUUGUAGAUUAAUAUUUAUGUCUCCCCAUCACUUACGGAACCACAUGACGACAACACACACUUGCAGAAUCACAGGAAAACACACAUUUACAGAACCACUCUACAUCACAUUUACAGAACCACAUGACAACACCCACUUACAGAACCACAUGACAACACAUACUUACAAAAACACAGUAAAACACACACUUUCAGAAACUCAUGACAACACACACUAACAGAACCACAUGACAACAUCCACUUGCAGAACCACAUGACAACACACUCUAACAGAACCACAUGACAACACCCACUUGCAGAACCACAUGACAACACAAACUUACAGAACCACAUGACAACACACACUAAUAGAACCACAAGACAACACACUUGCAGAACCACAUGAUAACACACACUUAGGGAGCAACCAUUUAACUUCAAGACGGGUUUAAUUUGGUAUUUUGUCAGAGUCAGAAUUUUUUUUCGAGCUAAGCGUUCCGUAACAGAACCACAUGACAACACACACUUACAGAAACACAUGACAAAACAUACUUACAGAAACACAUGACAAUACACAUUAACAGAACUACAUGACAACACACACUUGUAGAACCACAUGACAACACACACUCACAGAAACACAUGAUAACACACACUUACAGAAACACAAGACAACAGACACUUACAGAACCACAUAACAACAUACACUUUCAGAACCACAUGACAACACACACUUGACUGAAUGGACAGUUCACAUGUACUACAGAUGGACCGGACACUUUAAUUCUGUUGUGUUAGAGUUGAGCAGCUGAGACACCCAGUACCUCUCUGUUUUCAUAUUUAUUUUGAAUAUUCAUGAUAUUUAAAAAUAGUUACCCUAUCAUAUAUUUUAAACAAAAAUAUGACCUAUGUACGUGUAACUAUGUAUUACACUAUUUCAUCAUAUGUUUAUAGAGUUAAAAUAGAUUUGACAAAUAUCUGCUGCAUUUAUGACUGUAAUUUUAAUCGUUCUUUUAAUCACAUCUUUGAUAAAUACUAACAUCUGAUUUAGCAUGUUUAGCAGUUUUAGAUUCUUUGUACUUAUGAUAAUAUAAAUCAGCAGCUCUAUUAUAUAUUUAAUCUAAGAUUUUACGCCCUCAUCAUAUAUAUUUUGAAGCUUGAAGUAUUGAAGUGGUUUAAUUUAGUGGCUCAUCCCUACCACUCUGUACAUAGGAAGCGGUCCCCCGACAGCUGACCUGAAUGUUGUUAUUCCCAUCUUACUACCAAGGACUGGAUAGACCUUUCUUCCUCACUCAAUGUAAACCUCCAUUCUCAGGGGCGGAUCCAGCCAUUUAUAAAAGGGGGGUUCCUAACCCAGGAUAAAGGGGGAGUUCCAACUAUAUGUCCCCAUUCAAAUGCAUUGAUCGUCAUAAAAAAGGGGGGUUCCAACCCCCGGAAACCCCCCUCUGGAUCCGCCACUGAUUCUUUUGAAUAAGAGGCAAUAAAAAUUGGAUUAUAUUUCUAUGGUUAACGUAUUGGAGUUCAUUCCUGAUUGUGAAAGAACACAAUCAAUGGUAGUUUGCUGAUUUCUUUUUAAAAUGAUUUAAUGUUUUUUUAACAUUAUUUGUAUUGCACAGUACUGACUAGUCAUGCCAGUGCAUGUUUGUCAAGUUUUGCAUAAAAUAAAUAUCAAUUAUU